AUGACACAAGAAACUAACCUUCAUACUCCUGAUAAUACCUUUAAAAUUUCUGUAAAAGAUAAUGAAGAUCAUGAAAUUAAUUUGCAAUCUUUAAUUGCAAUGGUUGAUUAUAAAAAGAUUUUGUAA